GCCGCUCCUUCCGGAAGUUCCGUGUUUGUCCGUUGGAGAUAUAAAUAUUAUCAUGGCGUCGGUGACUUUUCGCGACUGUUUUCUCUGCGUUUCUGCUUUAAUUACCUUCGUGUCCGUGUUCGUGACCGGUGCAGACUUCGUUCGCUUCGUGUCGUUUCGUGCCAUCUAUCACAACCUGAGCGGGGCCGCGCCUCUGUGUCGAGACUCUGUGCCCUGGUCCGUGGCUCUGCGGGAUGUGGUGGUGCUGAAGGCGGUAGCUGUGGAUGUUUUCCUUCUGGUCCUCUUCAGUGUCCAGCACAGUCUGCUGGCCUGGACUCCGGUGAAGCAGGUCUGUCAGAAAGUGUUUGGGGUUUUAUCCAGAUCCGUGUACUGCUUCACCACCGCCGCAGCACUGCAGAUGUUGAUGCAGUACUGGCAGCCGGUCACCAGCGCCCCCUGCCUGUGGUCAGUGCGCACUGCACCCUGGGAUAUCUGGUUCCCGCUCAUCUGUUUCAUCUUACACUUCCUGUGCUGGGCCAUCAUCUGCAGUAUCCUGCUCAUCUUCGAUUAUCCCGAACUACUGGGCAUCAAACAGGUGUAUUAUGAGUGUCUGGGUCUGGGCGACCCUCUCCUGCUGAAGUCUGAACGAGCGCAGCGGCUCUACGCUCACCUCAGGCAUCCCGUCUGUGUGGAGCUGCUCACGGUGCUCUGGCUCCUCCCCACGUUCCCGCUGGACCGGCUCCUGCUGGCCGUGUACCUGUCCGUUUACCUGAUCCUCGCUCACUCGCUGGACACCCAGGACUGCAGCUACCUGCGCCGCCAGCUCCGCAGCAAACUGCAGCUCUUCUCCGCACCACUGGAGGGCAGCGAUCAGAGCCCCAGCACCAAUAAGACCGACUGAAGGACAGUUAUGGUCAAAUAAUAGUGUAAUGCUGCCUUCACCGUUGUCACUUAGAAAAUCAUUUUAAUAUUUCUGUUCACUCAAAAAGAUUUAUCACUAGUGCAACCGAACGAACAGCAAGUGAUGCAGAUGUAGUGAGUAACUGAGCAGCAGAGAAUGAUGGGAAAUGUAGUUUUGUUGCACAAGCAUCUCAAAACCAACUAUAUUGUAGUUCUUCAACAGUCAACAAAAUGCACACAAACUAAAUUGUGCUGUUAACAGUUAAAACUAAUUAGAAUAAAAAUUAAAUAGCUUGCACCUUGAUGCUUUAAUUGUCCUGCCACUUUCUGACUUUGGGUGACAUAUGGUCAUACUGAUGUGACUUGAAGGCAGCAUUACAAUUAAAGCUAUGUUUGGGAUGAAAUACUAGAAUACUGCAUAAUACACACUAUAAUCUGUCCAAAAUAUAUAUAUUUUUUUUAAAGUACUUGAAACAUUAUUUGCAUGCAUCAACUUCAGAAUGCAAAAUGUGAUAAUAAAUGCAGAAUAUUGCAUUUCUUAUCAUUACUAUGCAUUUUAUAUGGUAAAACAAAGCUUUUUGAAUCAUUUGAACCAAUUGCUUUGCAAAAUGAUUAACCUUUUUGUCCCCCAGAGCGCUCAAAACAACUUGUGUGAACGCUAACUACGGCCAAAUAUACAUAAACCCCUUUUAUAAACCAGUUGCAAACUACAGUCUGAAUGCAGUUAACACAUCAAAUAUCUCUCUAUAUAAUAAAACAUGUAUAAUAUUGAUCUGAGAUCAGGUAAAAACCAUAGCUCAUCUGAAAUGUUUUGAAACCGUGAAAUCGAGACUUUAGCAGUUUGGUAUUUGCUGGUUCAAAACAAAUGAUUCACAAAAGCUUCAAAUCUUCAAUUAAAUGUUUAAUUCAGCAAGUGUUGGCCACUUAUCUCGGAAAUUAAUAUGUUUAUUGUGUAUUUUUGAGCAAUAUGACAGUAUGCCACUCCAAAAUCUGCCAGUAUUUGAAGUCUUCAUCCUUUAUGUUAAUUUUUUUUCUAUCUGCAGUGUUUACUAUAACUUUCAAAAAUUAGCAUUUACAAAUGAAUAGUUAUAUAGAUAGCCAAUUUACUUGGGGGGAAAACAAAGACAGAUUGGAUGAAGUUUUUUUUUUGGUCAUUUGUAUCUUUUUGUACAACCAGAGUUUUGCAUCUUAAUGCAUGUUUUUAUAUAACACAUUUAUUUUUGCAAAUACUUUAGCAUCGCACAACUAAGAGGUGAUGGGGUCAAUGCUGUGUUAUUUACCGAGCUCCUGUGUUUUUCAUGAUUAAGUGUCAUACUACUGCAAAACAUGCCUUUAUUUUAUGGAAAUGUUCAAUGCUUGAAGCGUGUUUACAUAAAGACCUCAGAAUUUGGUACAGAAUGUAUUUUUAUAUGGUCAAUAAACUUGAAAUUACUUUUGUAGAAGUAUGAAAAAAUGCACUGUUGUUUGUUAGAGCUAAAAACCGUUAAUAAACUUUGUUUAUUGACUUGAUUAUGGCUUUUUUCUGUACCAUAAUGUGUGUUUUAUAAGGUUAUCAAAUUUGCUAAAUAAUGCGGAAUAAAUAAAAUGCUGCAAGAAA